CAAAGACCGUGCGUCGACUCUGUGCCAUUCCUUGUUUCAUAAACAUAUCACCUUAUCAUUUCUUCCUGCUUGGCGGACAGCGCUUCUAUCUCGUUGCCUUCAAUACUUCGAAGACACGUUUCCGUAUACUCAAGAUCGACCGGACGCCGCCGAUUGCACUUGCUCAAAGCAAUGCUGCCAAAGGCUCCGUUUCGACAUCUGGAGGCGCAAGCUCUGAGGCAGCCAUGAAGAAGCCGCUUGAAGGAGCGGAUGGCCUCGCCUCACAAGACUUGCCCCGGCGAGAUCUUGCCAAUGAACAUGCCAAGAACGCCCGAAGCAGGGUGUCACAAGCUGCAGCAAGUGCCAGUCAACCUGACGAGGCCGUAUGCAACAUCGAUCCGUCGAUGUUGUCCGCAAGCGGCGAGCGCUAUCUGACAGCCAACACGGCUGACAUGGUCAUGUUGCAACGCCCAACGGAUGCCAAGAGUUCCACGCUCUCCGAGCUAGCCAGCGCUCCUAGACUGAAUUUGGGCGGCACAGGAAGGUCGACAGCGCCACAUCCCGGCAAGGAAACCACCGGCUCCAACUUCUCUUUUCCGCCAAACGAGAGGAAAGAUGCUUCCUACUCGACAACGCGGCUUGCUAAGAGCUCCUUCAGUGCCAAGCCAUCUGGAACUUCAUCCUAUCACGAGCAUACAGGCCGAAGCAGGGAUGACGAUGCCGAUUGGGAGAUGAACGUCGUAGCCGACUCUGUCGUCUACACUCGCACGCAGAUCGAAGAGCUUUUGGAAAUGCUGCGAGAGGGCAAUAAAGCCUCGGGGGGGCUGAAAGAGAUGGGGCGCUUUUAUGGCAUCGUCGGCUUUAUUCGCUUCACCAGCACCUAUUACAUGGUGCUCAUUUCCAAGCGCAGUGUCGUCGCACUUUUGGGUGGACACUACGUGUUCCAUUGCGAUGAAACAAAGAUUGUGCCCAUCUGCGACCCUGGAAUGCUAGCUUCACUAGGAGGCCGCUCUAAAGUCAAAGAGCAGGAAGAGACAAGGCUGCUGGCGACGUUCAAGCAGGUCGACCUGAGCAAGAACUUUUACUUCAGCUACACGUAUGACCUCACGAAAACGCUUCAAGACAAUCUUACGAGCAAAGCUGAGGCAGAAGCAGGUGAUGGACACGUACAUCAAGAUCAUCGGCAAGAGCCGCUCACCGCAUGGGGCUUCAACGAGAAGUUCGUCUGGAAUCACCACUUGCUGAUGCCGGCAUUUGGAUCCUCUGUGCGGAAGGGCGCAGCACUCGGCGAUGGGUGGUAUGGCAGCGAAUGGGUCCUGCCGCUCGUCUAUGGGUUCGUGGAUCAGGCCAAACUUUCGGUCUUGAACAGGACCAUCUACGUCACUCUUAUCGCACGCCGGUCACGCCAUUUUGCUGGUGCACGGUUCCUCAAGCGCGGUGUCACGGACAGGGGUCAAGUGGCCAAUGACGUCGAGACAGAGCAGAUCGUCAACGAGCCGCUCACAAGCCCAUUCUUUGCACCUGGAACAGGCGAGAGCUCGCGCGAAGGAGCUACAUACCAGCCAUUCAUCCCAUCCCCACGCUUCACAUCGUACGUUAUGCAUCGGGGGAGUAUACCCAUAUACUGGACGCAGGAUUCGACAAACAUGUCUCCGCGCCCGCCGAUUGAGAUCAGCGUCGUUGACCCAUACUACUCGGCUGCAGCAUUGCAUUUUGACGACAUGUUCCGGCGCUAUGGUGCGCCUGUCAUCAUUCUGAAUCUCAUCAAGAGCAAGGAGAAGCAGCCGAGGGAGGUGAAACUGCUGCGCGCCUUUGGGGAAUGUGUCAAUUACCUCAACCAAUUCCUACCAGAAGAAAAGAAACUCAAGUACAUUGCAUGGGACAUGAGCCGUGCCAGCAAAAGUCGCGAUCAGGACGUAAUCGGCGUGCUAGAAGACAUCGCGGAGGAGACCAUUGAGAAUACCAAGUUUUUCCAUUCUGGUCCGGAGCCAGCAAGCUUUGCCGAGUUCGCAACAGAGAGCACGUCGGCUCGCAGAGAACAAAUCCAAGUACAGAGCGGGGUCGCCAGAGUUAACUGCGUGGACUGUCUCGACCGCACCAACGCUGCUCAAUUUGUCAUUGGCAAAGCCGCUUUCGGUCAUCAACUACACGCUCUGGGGCUCCUAGACCAUCCAACGCUGCCUUUCGAUUCUGAUGCUGUCAACAUGCUGACGGAGAUGUACCACGACUUGGGUGACACCAUCGCCUUGCAGUACGGCGGCUCACAUCUAGUCAACACCAUGGAGACGUAUCGCAAGAUCAACCAAUGGAGCUCUCACUCACGCGAUAUGCUGGAAGGAAUCAAGCGGUACUAUGCAAACUCUUUCGUUGAUGCCGAGAAGCAGGCUGCGAUCAAUCUCUUCCUCGGAGUGGAUGCAGAGAUGCCAGAGACGAACCGACUUGUCAACGUCAACAAUCCUCGCUACCAGAAAUGGUUUAUCCCUCAGCAUUUGGGUCCGCAUGACACCGUCUCUGAACGCAUACAACGGUUGCUGGAGGUGGUAAACUCGGACAAGGGCUUUUGGGCGGAGUACUACCGGCCUCGACUGUUCACAGACAUGGCGCGACAUCAUGCGUACAAGAUGACUGCGGUACACCAGCAUCAUCCCAUGACGCCAAUGCACCAAACAAAUCACAUCCCCAUCUCGCCGAGCUCGAUUCAGCAGACUCAGGUCAUUGUGACGAGCCCAUUCGUCAACAAGUACGCGCCAGCAGCCAUCGGUCGCCAUAAUCAAUCCUCCUCGAGCGGAUUGUUUGAGGAGAACAACCGAGCUAUUAUCGGUGGUGUCCGGCGAUGGAUGAGCAUCAAUAAGGCUGGUGCCGGACCCGUUACGAAGAGGAAGCGUUCGAAAAUGUACGCGAGCGGCGAGGAUGGUCGCGCAGAAAUUUCAAUCAACGAGAAGAGGGACAAGACUGGCGCUACAGGAACUGGUGCAGCAGCCGGACUUGCUGCUGAGAUAGGGUUGACAGCGUCGGCGGCCACUGGGCCGGCAGGCGCGUUCCCUGCCUUCGAAGUCGCUCUCUGCCGCAUUCAGAUGCCCACCGUGAGCGCCGAGGAAGCUUCCGAGUACGAGUGGUACGCGACCCAAUUUGCCGACGUGUCGUUUAGCCAGACACACCACGUCGAUGAGGCAGACGUCGCCAUGUAUGAGGACGGUGCGGCCGUAGCUGCAGGCGCUGUUGACAAGGUGGCAAGCCUGCUUGUCGGAGGGGCCGGACAAAGCAGGGAGGGCGAAAAGAACGCUCAACUCGAUCCUGUGCUGCUCGCUUACGCGAAUGCUUUGCCUGGGUCGAAGGCGUUGAUAUCCAAGUUAGAGAAAGUGAGCGAUGCGAAGAUCCGGGCGUACAGCAACUGGUUGCAGAGUCAUGUGCCGAAGUAAUCAAAUUGUAACCGUAUUGUUAGAUAGCUGUAGCAUAGCAAGGGGGCUGACACAGCUCAUCGCAGGUAAUGCAAUCGUUAGACAACAUGUUUUC